AUGCUGACAACCCCCGCCCUCCUCCAAACCAUGCGCAACGGCGACCUCCCCACCGAGCUCGCCGUCAAGACCUGGCGCAACAUGUACCAGCGCGGCCACGCGCAGAACCCGCCCAUCGCCGCCGCCACGACCACCUGCUUCCUUUACUGCGCGUGGGCGGUGCGCGGCGGCACGUCGCUGGCGCCGCUGACCCCGCGCAAUGCGCCCGUGCUGUACUGCGCGGCCGCGGCGCUGACCCUGGCCAUUGUGCCGUAUACGCUUGCGGCGAUGAUGCCCACAAACAGCGCGCUGAUCGCAAAGGCCGACGCGAAGGAGCUCGGCGCGCAGGAGAGCAGCGAGGCUGUGCCGUUGUUGCAGAAGUGGACUAGUUUGGAUUAUGUACUUUCACAUACUAUCUCCAUCGAAUGGGACAUUCUCGCCGAAGGUAUACACCAUCUGGAGCGCACGACAGCGCAUACACCUUCUAGAAGGUUAUAG